AUGUUAUGGUCAGAAGGAAUGAAUUACUACUUCCAUAAGCUAGCUACCAAAGAUCGAAUCAUGGUAUUCCCGGAGGACGAUGUUGGUCAUACGUUGGAAAACUCGGGAAGUGGCUGCAAACAGUAUCUAUCGCUGCGCACUGAGAUUGGUCAUGCUCUUGGAUUUUUCCAUACAAUGUCCGACACCGAUCGUGACGACUUCAUCACUGUAAACAAGCACAAUAUCAAGGUAGACUGGCUAAGUCAAUUCAUAAAGAAACAACGAAAACAAACGAUAAUUACAACAUACGUUACGACUACGGCAGCAUUAUGCACUACGGCGGAACUAGUGCAUCGUUCAACAAAAAACCAACAAUGGUUCCGUUUGACAUCGAUUAUCAGCAGACCCUUGGAUCUUCAUUCAUUUCUUUCAUCGAACUCUCCAAUGCUCAAUGAGGCACUACGGUUGCAAAGCAUCUGUAACAAAUCUACAUCGUGUAAAUGCGAGAAUUGGGCGGAUUCCCUCAUCCACGAGACUGCAAAGAUGCAUAUGUCCUGGUGGCUAUGUGGACCUCGAUGCAAUAAGAAAGAUACUAUUGCCUUGGCCGUGGUGACCAGAAGAUUUCGAGAUAUUGUCACUACCGGAUUAAGUUCCCAAGGGAACCAAAUCGAAGUAAAAUUAGUGAACUUCACGAAAGGUCGUUAUCUAUUUGACGGAUGCCCUUAUGCAGGUGUAGAGAUCAAACAAAAAGGACCAAAAGCCUCACUGGUUACAGAUUCUGCUCACCUGACGCGGCUGAACAGUUCUACGUUCUUACACAAACCGUGUCCCAAAUAA